UUUUGUUGGCCGAUUUUGGCGCCAUCUGCCGCUGCGAAGUGGAACUACGAGCACGUUUCGCGUAGUGCUUGUGGUUUGUGUGGUGGUGGUGGUGGUGUCGAAUUGUGCUGCUCACACAACGUAGGACAAAGAGGACUGAACAAUUUUUCGUUUUAUUUUAGAAUUUCGGAAAUAUUUAACGAAACGGCAUUAGUUGAAGAUGCGUGUGAUAAGAGGUCGAUCGAAUUUAGUGUUUAGUGAAGAAAUUCUGUCGUUUAGUUGACGUUCCAAUUAGAAUUACCAAAACGUUCUGUGACUACGUGCUCCGAUUUCCUUAAAAAUUGUGCGUGUGUGAUGUAAAUUAGGGCUAAAAUUAUUUUAGAUGAUUAGAAUUACUCGGUGCCAAUUAUUUAGCGACUUUUUUUUAGUGCAAAGAUUGACCCCUAUAAGCGAGUGAAUGAUGUAUUAUCGAGGGAUUUUAUAGCAAAUCGGAGACUUUUAAUUUAAAUUUUAAUUGUUUUUACAAUCAGUUUUAUGGGUCUGUGUUGUAGUUGUCGCAAGUCAAAGGCUAGAUUGAGAGAUACAAGCUCGAAAAUAUGCAGCCACAUACAAUCGGCAGUGUCUCCGCUACACAUUACAAAUGAGGAUAUUAUUACAAGUCACGUCAAUGGAUACCCGCCAACUUUGAGCAUACCAAUUCCGGCGACAGCUACUUCCAAAACGGAACCGACGACUAGAAUGUCAAAUUCGUUCUCUAAUAUGAAUAUCACCAACCCCAUCAAAGGGUUGGUGAGUAAAAGAAGGAACCGGUAUAAGAAGGACGGCUUCAAUUUGGACCUAACUUACAUAACAGAUAGCAUAAUCGCGAUGGGUUACCCGGCGUCGAGCAUAGAGGGUGUCUACCGAAACCACAUCGACGACGUAGUAAAAUUUAUGGAAUCGAAGCACAAGGACCACUACUACAUUUACAAUUUAUGUUCGGAGCGUUCGUACGACAUUUCCAAGUUUCACAAUCGCGUGUGUACCUUCUCGUUCGACGAUCACAAUCCACCCAAAAUUGAGAUAAUAAGGCCGUUCUGUAAUAGCGUCCAGGACUGGCUGUCGAAGGAUCCUAGGAACGUCGCAGUCGUCCAUUGCAAGGCGGGCAAGGGAAGAACGGGUACGAUGAUUUGCUGCUAUCUGCUGCAUAGCGGGAAGUUCGGGACGGCCGAGGAGGCUAUUAGUUUUUACGGACAGACAAGGACUCAGGAUCAUAAGGGUGUGACGAUACCGAGCCAGUUGCGGUACGUGAAUUACUACGCCAAUUUGAUACAGAGAAAUGUCGAAUAUGUGCCAGUUGCGUUGUAUAUACGUGAGAUAGUGCUCGAACCCGUACCCUCGUUCACCGGCGGGCAGGCGAGCAUCUGCUUUUCGAUAUCCCAACAGACGUUAAGUCAAAAUAGUGACCGACAACUUUGUUUGAAACUGUUUAAAAGUGUAGUGUACGAGGUGAAGAAGAGCUCGCCGAACUUGGUAAUCAACCUGGACUGCUGUAUGCCAAUAACCGGCGACAUUAAACUAGAGUUUUAUAAUAAGCCGAAGUUAGGUAGAAAAGAAAAAAUUUUCCAAUUUUGGUUUAACACCUUUUUCGUCGAUGAGGAACUAUCCGAAAGUAACUCUAAUGGUUUCGUGCACGAAAACGGUAAUUCCAACGUGGAAUCGCACGAAAAGACUUUAGUGUUGAGUUUUAAAAAGACCGAACUUGACAUAGUUAAUAAAAAGGAUAAACAGAAUAAAGUUUUUAGUUCAGAAUUUAAGGUGACGUUAUUUUUACAUCGAGUACCUACAAAAAGUUCCGGACCUCCUAGCUGGCUAGUGACUCCGCCAAGGGAAUCUGCAAGCUUACCGCAGGACACGCCCAGUGAAAGUUCCGAAGCGGACACCUCGGAAGACGACUACAACGACGACGACGACUGGGACAGUGUCGUGGAGCGGGAAACCGCGGAUCCGAGGGGUGUGGGCUACCGGCUUCUGUCCGAAUGUGACUUAGCUUCACAAAUAGCGCCUUCAUCCAAUGACCAACACCCUGAGUUACUUGCGGCGUGAUUGGUUGCAUUGGUCUUUUCGUGUCUCCGAUUUUCGUAUUAUAUAUAAUAGUUAUUUAAAUGAAUAAUUUGUAAAUAUAUUUAACUACUUAUAUAUUUAGGUAUUUAAUCUCUCUAAAUUUGAUCUCUAUAUUUAUUACUUUUUACGAAAGAUAAAUUAGAUUAUUUAAAUAGUAUGCUUUGGUUGGUGUACCUACUUAAAGAGUUUUUAUAAAUUAAGAAUAUAAUAUUAGCACUUUACUACAAUAUUUUGCAGUACAAAAUUGAAAGAUUUUUAUAUAAUAUAGAUAUAUAAUAGAGUUUAUCAAAUCGGAUAGAGCAGUUUAUAUACAACACCCUGUAUACUCUGCGCUAUUGUUCUAAAAAUUGUAUCGAAGAACCCAUACUGUAGAUUGUAUUUUUAGUUACGAAGAAGCUAUUAAAAUUUUAAAAUAUAACUCGCUUUCAUUCUUCUGUUUAAUAUCGCAAAUCUUUGCCGCUUCCUAAGGAUUUCAAGGUAUUUACACCCACUCUGUAUUUUUCCCACUAUUAUCUAUCGCUCUCCCGUACGUAACAUUUACUUUUGAAUUUGCGUUAACCGUUCAGCUUACUCGCACCCGACAAACAUCACACUUUAUGCUCUAGGAUCAUGAAUAAACCAGACAUUCGCACAAAAGGUCCUAAUAUUUCGGGAAGUAAAUGUUACGUUACUUAAUAAUUGAAAACUGGGGGUUCUUAUGGCACACAUAUAUUUACAGGUGAAUCCACAUACCUGUGAGUGAGGCCUUUCGUCACACGCUUACAAAAGAUUGAAUGCUUCAUCAUGGUGCGCAUUUGUACAUAAGCAUGGUUGAUUUUUCUCAUUUUAUCAUUCAUGGUUUUAUGUAGCUUUCAACUGAAUGUUGUUUUUUCCUAAAUGUUUAUAGUUUUUUUUUAAAUGUAUAAAUUGAAAACGUAGUAGGUGCAUCUAUGUAUUUUACUCGCUUAAGCGUAUAAUGAUAAUUUCACUCGCGGAAGUGUUUUUCAAGUACAAAUCAGUUGUAAAUUAUUUGAUCUCAACGAUUUAUUGUAUCUUGCCAAUUGUAAUUUGGUUACCUAACUUAGUUUCGCAAAUUUUUGCCAGUAAGUAAUAAUAUUUUUGUUUUAUUUAAAUGAAAAAAAAGAAAGCUAAAGUUUUGGAUCGCUUUUUGUGUCGUCGUCACAUAGUUUUGGAAUGUCGAUAUUUAUUAUUCUGGAGAAGAUCGAUUUACAUUCUCGAGAAAUCACAAAUUGCUUUGUUAAGUUACGAUUUUUGGAUCAAAAUUUUUGAGUUCUCGAAGCGAUGCAAACGUUAUUCUCAUUUUUGAAAGGCUGUUUUCGUAUUUAAUGUUUCUACUAUACCUAAUCUAAAUAGAUCUUUAUUAUCAUCGGUAGUAUUUGUUUCUGUAAAUAACAAAACAAUAUAAAAAUUUAUUUACAUCGUUUAUGUAUUUAAAUGUGACUGAAUGUUUUGCGUUUUCGUUACGUAUGUGUGACACAAAUUUUUUUAUAAGUUAGUAUAACAUGUACCUUCGCAUAGGAUAAAUUAUGACGUAAUGUAUGAAAUUUAAAUUUGGCAGAGUUUUAUUUGACAAUAGGAUUUUAUAGUACAAUGAAGGGGGAGAUUCCUUACACUACGUCAUACCGUUAUAUUGUUACUGAUUUUAUCAAAUAUGUACUUACAAUGCCAAAUUUAAGUAAUUUAGAUUUACUGUACCCAGUGAAUCACUGGUGAUUGUUCAGGUAGGCGUGGUUGUGUUAAGAGUAUUUAGCGCCAGUAACAAAGAUUUUUGACGAAAAUUUCAAACUGGCUACAUUUCGGUAUUCGUGAUCAGUUUAAAUUUGUUUCUUCAAUAAUAAUCAUCAAUGUUUCACGCCAAUUAUAAUUGAAAUUAUAUUUUUGUUGAUGUGAAUCAACCGUGAUUAAACAAGUUUUAUAGAUGAAUAUUUUAGUUUAAGUAAAAAACAAUCAAUGUGAUAGGAUUAUCUAAUAAUAAUGUUCAUGUGAACGAAUAUUAUUUUUAUAUACUGAUCUUAAAUGUAGAAAAAUGUAAUAAUAUAUAGUUUUAAUUUUUUAUAUAGUAGUAAGCUUGUGAUAUGUGUGUUUUAGUUAGUGUGGAUCGUGUGCAAAAUUGCCAAUUGUUGUUCUUUGUGGUAACACACUUUCUCCACUUAGACCUGAGCACAAUACUUAUUAGAAAUAAACUUAUAAAAAUUU